AUGAGCCCGUUCCUAUGGGCAAUCUUGAUCGUGCUCGUUGGCACGACAGAAUCCACUACUGAAUCCGAAAAUUGUUUUCUGAUUUGCGUAGCCAAGUGCUUGGAUAAGGAUAAGGUGAGAGUUGGAUUAAAUGAAUGUAAGAUUUAAGCUUUUUCCUGAAAAUUUUAAAUUUGUUACCUAAAAUUUUUUCAGGGAAUCCAAGCUUGUGGACAAAAAUGUAAAGAUUAUCGAGAAGAGACCUUGUGUGUAAGUUUUAGAUUUCUUGAAAUUCCAAAAUAAAUUCAUUGUUUAUUUUUAGGUAACAAAUAAACCUAAAAAUUUAAAUUUUUAAAAAAAAGAAAGUACAAAUAAAAAAUCAAACCUAAAAUAACCAAAACAAAUUUCAGAAAACCCCAAAAUGCUGGAAAAAGUGUAAAGAUUUGAAGGAUUCAGAUGAAAGUCUGUCGUCAGAAGAGAAAGAAGCUCUAACCGCACCAUUCAAUAUAUCUGCCACUUACAACCGCAAUAUGUACGUUGAUAUCAACUGGAAUGCUCAAGAAGAUGCCAAAAUAUUCGUAGUACAAUUCAAACAACAUUCCCAAAGUCAGUGGGACGUUUCUGAUCAGCUGGUAAGGAAAAGUUUGAAAUAUUUUUUGAUUUAGAGAAAUCUGUGUAUAAAAUGGGUUCGCAGACUGCGGUUUUCUGGAAUUGAAAGGUAUUUGAAGGCAGUUCAAUCUGUUCUGUAGAUAUAUACCAAAAAGUAACUAAAAUUAGGUUUUAAAACUUUUUUCGAGCAUUACUUUAAAUUUUUCAAUUUUUUAAAUUUUACAAAAUCUUGUUAUUGUGGGCGCAGCUGUAAACAUAAUUUUUAACAUGCUUUUGCAAAUUAAACUUUUAAAAAAUUCUUUGAAAUUGAAUUAUAAAUCUUGUUAAAAACAUUUAUUAAUGUGUCAAGGCUUACCUAUUAAAAAUUUAAGUUUUACUGCCCUGUUUUACUCAGUAACUUUUAGAUAGUGAACCAGAACUACUUGUCCAACUUUUCUAUGAAAGAUGCUGAUGUUUGUGAGCCAUUAGACUUUAGGAUAGCCUCAGUUUCAUCUAAAGUUGGUAUUGGUGCUUUUAGUGAUCCAGCUACAAUUCUGCCACCUGAACCUGACUUAUCUCAUUUGACUCAUUUGAGUAGUACUUAUAAACCGCCUGAGGCAAAUACAAAGUAUCCGAAUGGUACUGUGGAAAUUGUCAUGGCAUACGACAGUAAAGGUGUGGUGUUUCUUCUUAACUUUGGGAUUUUCUAUAGUGAUAUUGAUUGUUUCGGUUAUUUUUUUGAAAUUUUUAUUAUUUAGGUAACAAUUAACCUAUUUUAAUAUAUUUUGGUAUUUCAAACCUUUAUUUUGAUGCAAAAACAAUGGCAGUCUAUUAAAACUUAGUUUGAAAGCAUAUCUUGCAAUGUAAUGUAGCUAUCUUUUACAGAAUGGCCAUUAGGAGACGACGACCUUGUAGUAGACGUCAACUUCCACAAUGUAAAAUGUGUAAAACCAGACUUUCUUGGCAGUGAAAACCCAGAAUUUGUAAGUUAAAAUUUUUAUUAAUAUUUGAUCAAUGUUUAGUACAAAGGACCAAGACCAAGGACGUUGAUCGGAGUAGCAUCAGCUGAUUAUAUGCACCGAGAGUGUAUAUUCAGCUAUGGGUUACAGAAAGUCAGCUCAACUCAAUGUAAAAAGACCUUCAACUUUGAUACUACGUUUAAUAUUAUGUAUAUCAGUAAGUUUUUGAACUUUAAAUUUUAUUUUAUUUUUGAAGUUUCUAAAAAUUUUAAGACUUUCAGCUAUAUUUUAUAACUUUAGACUGUUCCAACGUGAUAAACAGUAACUGCGCGUUGGAGCAAAAGGCCAAAGGCCCAGUCUGUGGCCAAAUUGACAAUUUCAAAUACAAAAUUGUAAACGAAGUCGCAACCGACUGGUCGGAUCCUUCGUCCAACAUCACUGUGAACGUUACUUUUGAACCGAUGCAGAAGAUCAAAAAAGACGUCUUAUACUUUGUAGCAUUGUAUGGUAACGCAGAAAAGUACGACAAUAUGGAGAAGGUGAGUAUGCGACAACGGUUAUUGCACGGUCUGAGACUAAAGCUGACCGACCACAAUUAAGAUUCUGCACUUUCAGGCUACCUAUCUGGGUGUCAACCUGACCACUGAGAUUGGCAGAGUCAGCAACUGUCCUGUGGUCGAUGUGAGUGGCAGUGAUGGGAAGAAUGGCAGGAAGUGUGUCAAUUCGACUGGUAAUUCCAUCGUGAUUCCGAAUCUGAAGAUGGACACGGUGUAUGGAGUGAUGUUAUGUGGAGUUAGAGAUCCGAACAACCUCGACUUUCCUCGCCUGAACUCACCGAAGAGUGUGAAGCCAAAGGCUGAUAUGAUCUACUUUAACUCGGAGUUGUAUCGACCAUCGAAGACAUGGCUUUAUAUUGUUAUGGGCAUCGUGGCGGUGGUGGCAGCCAUGGCAUUGUUGGCGUAUUGUCAAUGUAGAAGAGAGAAACAAUGGAAGAAUGAGAAGAAGAAGCUGGAACAAAGUCAUUCGGCCGGAUAUUCGGAUAAUAGGUACACUGAUAUGCCUAAAAUACAGGAUUUGUGGGAGUUGGAACGGCGGAAUCUGAUCAUCUACAAUGAUAAACCUCUUGGGUCGGGUAAGAUUAAUAUAAUACAUAUUAAUAUUUUUCUAGUUUUAUUGCUCUAACAUUUGAAAAUUCGAAUUGAACAUAUGAAAUUUAUUAGUUUUUAUUUAAAAUACGAUACUUUUCAUUGGCUUUUUUGUUUUUUUAAAUGUAAAAUACGGUUGUUUUUACUAUACAGUUUUUAAAUUGAAAUAUGUUUUAAAAUCUUAAUUUUUUAAUUUCAGGAGCUUUUGGAGCAGUUUUUCUUGGCAAACUGAUAGGAUCAGCCAAAGGCUCUAAAGGUGCCCAAUCAACUCUCGGCGUCAACCUGAUGAGAGUUGAGAAUUGUGAAGUGGCGGUCAAGAUGUUGCCAGAAUAUGCUGAUCAUCUAUCCAAACAAGAGUUUCUUCGUGAGAUCGGCUUAAUGAAGACCUUGGGCUACCAUGAACGUCUAGUCAAUAUGUUGGCUUGUAUCACGGAUUCAGAACCCUACUGUUUAAUAGUAGAGUACUGUAGCGACGGAGACUUACAAAGAUUCUUGAAGAAGCGCUGUGAUUACAUGUUGAAGUUGGAGAACGACGGUGUAGAACUUGACGAUGAAUCUGUAGAUCAGGAGUUGGUGAUGACAUUGAAGCAGCUUCUCAUGUUCUCGGUUCAAAUUAGCUACGGUCUAGAGUAUCUGAGUCACAAAGGCUUUGUUCAUCGUGAUGUAGCUGCACGGAACGUUCUCGUGCACGAUAAGAACUGUGCCAAGAUUGGAGACUUUGGUCUUUGUCGCUACAUCUACGCAGAAUCAGCACAGUACAAGAGUAAAGGCGGUCGAUUACCGUUGAAGUGGAUGUCGCCUGAGGCUAUCAGGCACUACGAGUUCACUACCAAGUCAGAUGUGUGGUCGUUUGGUAUCUUGAUGUUUGAGAUUAUUACUUUGGGAGGUACGCCUUAUCCUGGAGUGGCUCCAGAAGACAUGCUGGGCUUCUUGGAGGACGGAAAACGAAUGGACAAGCCGGACAAUUGCCCGGACACUUUGUAAGUUUUGUUUUUGAAAAGAUAUAAUGUUUUAUCUUACAAAAAACCGCUUUUUCAUAUCUAAAUCUUACUUUUUCAAAGUAAAACAUCAUUUUUACUAAAGGUGUUAGUAUAAUGUAUUGUAAAAUACGCACUGGUAAUGCUUACCUUUUACAUUAUUUUAGCUACGAAAUCAUGACCCAAUGUUGGGAGCAAUCUCCAGAAAAUCGACCAUCCUUCUCGGAUGUCCGACAACUUUUGGCGAAGCAACUAGAGACCAUAACUGACGAAUACUCAUACCUAAAAUUGGAUGCGGGCAAAGAUUACUACCAGGUCGACUAUGACAAGAACGGUGAACCAAAAGUUGAGACAAUUCUAGUUAGUGCUUGA